UUAUCGUGCCUCUCCGUGCUCGAGAGGUUCAGUGGGCAGUGCAUGAAGUUAUGGCGCAGGCGCAGCUCCUCGUGGGACCCACCCCAGCCUCCGGCUCCUGGGUCCCCAAACAGAGUUCCAGAACCCCGAAUCACCGCCGCCGGUGGCGGCCCAUGGCAUCCUCGUCUUCGUCGUGGCGGUCGUCGCGGACGGCGUUUGGCGGCGAGCAGAACCACUACGACGUGCUCGGCCUCAAUCAGAGCGCCACCACCGCCGAUGUCAAACGAGCCUAUCGCCUCCUCGCUCGCAAGUAUCAUCCUGACGUAAGCAAGGAGUCACAAUCUGGUGAGGCAUUCAAGAGCAUCCGUCAUGCAUAUGAAGUGCUGUCAAAUGACGCUACAAGAACUCAGUAUGAUACGGAACUUCAAUUUCAGGAAGACAGGGGCACGCAACAUAGAGUAAGAUGGAGUGACUGCUGCGAAUAUCAUGAUGGGAUUAGGACAUAUCGGUGGGCUGAAUUUAGGCAGAGAAUGCAACGAGAGAAAUACUGGGAAAAGUAUGACACGGAUGAUGAGGAAUCUCCAUUUUACAGUGAAGAAGAUGAGGAGGUAGAAGGGAAAAAAACUGAUGAUCAAGAGAGGGGCGCUUUCACUGAAGUACUCAGAUCUGCCUUAGUUUCCAUUUUCCUGAUGCAGACAUUCGGAUGCUUGUUCUCUCUUACCUAUAGCAGCUUUAUGGCACUAUUAGACCGAAAAUUAGAUGCGGGAUAUAAGAUUGGUUACCUAAUUGCCUGGAUUUUGGGAGGUAGAGGUGGCAUUUUAUUGACGAUGUGCCUCUCUUUCGCAAGUUGGGUAUGCGGGAAAACCAGCAGCAGUGUCGUAGUUCUUGUGGUGGUAGCUAUGUGGGUCGGUUCUAAUCUGGCGAGGUAUGCACCACUUCCACAAGGCGCGCUUCUCACACUCCUGUACAUGUCCAUUAAGCUUCAGGUUGAUCUAAACUAAGUUCCUCUUAUUAUUAAUCAACAUUACCAGUGAAGGGGGCUAUUCAUUCCGUAGAAAGGUUGUACAUAGACUGAUGCUUAGUAGGAUCGUGGCAAUUGCUUGCUUCUUUUCUUUGAAGAUGAUGUAAAGAGGAGCAAUUGGCAAGUGUAUGCAGUACUGGAAAAAGUAGCUCAAUUCAUUGACAGUUGAAUAGUGAGUGAAUGAUGAGUUCCUACUACCACCUUUGAUUAA